CUUGCAGUGCCUGGUACAUUAGUGUCAGCAUCUUUCAAGCUCCCUCCUCCGCUGAAAUCAAACUGCCGUUUCCUUUCAGAUUUCUCCGGCCCCAGGGAUGCGGGGAUGGACGGCUGGCGCGUACUGAGCGCUCGCAGAUGACAGAAUGAACCCCGCCGCCGGCGGCGCUGCGGACCCCCGACAGGCGGACCACAGCGACAGGAAGCAGCACCGGGCGUCUUCCCCGGCUAGAUUCAGAGACGGAGCGAGCAGGACGGCCGCCAAAGCCUCCACUGCGACCAAAUCCGUCGCAACGAAGCAAGGAUCGAAGAGUACCCGCGGCAACCCACCCCCGUUUACAGCUGCGAACAGGGACAGACACCCCGGCAAAGGCGCGGCUGCUGUCCCUCCCGGUGGUGCUGAAACGCUCCCUGCCAGCAGGGCGGAGGCAAGCGGAGACGCAUCGGCCGACGGCGUGUGCACCGACGUAUCUUCCCCGAAAGGGGACGAUCACCGCGUCGUGUCGGACCAGCCGGGAAGCUCACUGAAGACAUUCAAGGGGAAGGUGAAAGGCACGAAAGGAGGCGAGGCGGCGGCCAACUGCGGCAAGCAGGGCGGCAGGAAUUCAGUGGGCUGCGGGCCCGGUUUCUGGAAGGAGGGAUGCUUGCAAUCUGAAUUGAUCCAGUUUCACAUCAACAAGAGCUUGAAAAAGGGAGGAAAGAUGCAAACGAAAACACAGAGCGCUCCGGCUACGGAGCCCGAGCAGUCUUCCGAAGCCAUCGACACGGAGACGGGGGUGCAGCAAGUCCAGGGUCUGCAGGACGAGAUCGAGCGGCUGGCGGAGGAAAAUGAGGAGCUCCGGAGUGAAAUCGAGGAGAUGCGCACAGAGAUGGACGAGAUGCGCGACACCUUCUACGAUGAGGACACCUGCCAGCUGCUGGACAUGCGGCGCGAACUGGAGCGGGCGAACAAGAACUGCCGGAUCCUCCAGUACCGCCUGCGCAAGGCGGAGAGGAAGCGGCUGCGGUACGCUCAGACCGGGGAAGUAGAUGGAGAGCUUCUCCGGAGUCUGGAGCAGGACCUAAAGGUGGCAAAGGAUGUAUCUGUGAGGCUGCAUCAUGAGCUGGAGAACGUGGAGGAGAAGCGAACCAAGACUGAGGAAGAGAACGAGAAGCUGAGGCAGCAGCUGAUCGAGGUGGAGGUGACCAAGCAGGCCCUGCAGAUCGAGCUGGAUAAAGCCAAGGAGCUUUCAUUGAAACGGAGGGGAAGUAAAGAUGUUCAGAAGGGUGAGAAAAGAACUCCACAGACUCCGACUGAGGAGGAUAACGAGGACCUGAGGUGCCAACUGGCCUUCAUCAAGGAAGAGGCUACCCUGAUGAGAAAGAAGAUGGCCAAGAUCGACAAGGAGAAGGACCGUCUGGAGCACGAGCUGCAGAAGUACCGCUCCUUCUACGGGGACCUGGACAGCCCCCUGCCAAAGGGAGAGGCUGGAGGCCCCCCCAGCACGCGCGAGGCGGAGCUUAAGUUGAGGUUGCGACUGGUGGAGGAGGAAGCCAACAUCCUGGGCCGCAAGAUUGUGGAGCUGGAGGUGGAGAACCGCGGGCUGAAGGCGGAGCUGGACGACCUGCGUGGCGAGGACGGAGACGGCGGCAGCGGGCUGGCGGGCCGCCAGUCGGGGGAGUGCGUGUCCGAGCUGCGGCAGCAGCUGCAGCUGGUGGAGGAUGAGGCGGAACUGCUGCGGCGCAGUCUGGCCGACCUGGAGGAACAGAACAAGAGGGUCACCAGUGAGCUGAACAAGCUCAAGUUCAAGGCGGGCUCCCACGAGGGGACGCGGCACGGCAGCGGCAGCGAUGCCAAGUCAGAGGCGCUGCAGGAGGAGCUGAAGGCGGCGCGGCUGCACGUCAACGAGCUGAGCGGCCGAGUCAUGCAGCUGCAGUACGAGAACCGCGUGCUGAUGUCCAACAUGCAGCGUUACGACCUGGCGUCCCACCUGGGCCUGCGCGCCAGCCCCCGGGACAGCGACGCCGAGAGCGACGGCGGCAGGCGCGAGAGCGACGACGACUCCCGCCCGCCUCAUCGCAAGCGCGAGGGCCCCGUCGGUGGCGAGAGCGACUCCGAGGAGGUGCGCAGCGUGCGCUGCCUGACCCCCACUCGCUCCCUCUACCCCCCCGAGGGCCGCUUCCUGCCCCGUGGCUUCAAGGACCGCCAGCAGAUGAUCGACAUCCGCAUGGAAGCAGAGCGGCUGGGCCGCACCAUCGACCGACUCAUCGCCGACACCAGCACCAUCAUCACCGAGACGCGCGUCUACGUGGCCAACAGCGACCUCUUCAGCCGCAUGGACGACGAGGACGACGGCAACCGCAUCCGAGAGCACGAGCUGCUCUACCGCAUCAACGCGCAGAUGAAGGCUUUCCGGAAGGAGCUGCAGACCUUUAUCGACCGCCUGGAGGUGCCCAAGUCCGAGGACAGGGACACGGAGGAACCUUUGUCUGUAAGUCAGAGUGUGACCAACGAUGUGGGAGAUAUUGAGGGACACACAAUUUAAUAAUUUAUUGGGGGGGAGGAAUGAAUCCAAAUUAAAU